GUAAAAUUCACGAAGAGAGGAACAACUUGUUGGCUUGAACGUUAAGGAGUCCUUAGUGGAGAUCAAGUAUCUAUGAUUUACAACAGUUCCAAGAACAACCGCAAGAAUUGGAUAGCAGUUUGUUGCAAAACAAAUGGCUGCUGACCAUUUGCAAGACUUUGCAGAGCGAGGGUCCUAUUUGCAGCCUUUAACUUUUGGCCUGUGCAUGGAGCACCAGCACUCUCCAUUCAGAGAUGCACUAAGCCUCCACUUUGAGCAGACUUAUUUAGAGCCAGUCUACAGUCACAGAUACAGUGGGCGCUUCUCCUACUUGCACUUCCCCACACACCUGAGCAUGUACGACUGCUCCUUUGAACCAGCGUUCAUCCGUAAACGCAACGAGCGUGAAAGGCAGAGGGUCCGUUGUGUGAACCAGGGCUAUGCACGGCUCAGAGAGCACCUGCCUCAAGAGUUUGAGGAUAAAAGACUGAGUAAGGUGGAGACAUUACGGGCGGCCAUCAGCUACAUCAAACAUCUGCAGAAUCUCCUGGAGCUCCGGCUGCCAGAUGCCAUGAUGGAACUGUCACCUGGGAGCGAGAGAGGGACUGAAGCUACGAGGCAGCUCACAGAGUGUAACAGUGAUGGAGAGUCUAAACACAGCCUGAGUGACAACGGGGAACCAUGCUACUGAACAGACUCAAACAGAGAGCACAAAUAGCAGCACAGUCCAUAUGAAGUCCAUAAUAAUGGACUAUUCUUUUGUUACCACAUACAAAUAAAAUCUGUGGAGAAGGAUGGCUUAUAAUAUAUUUUCCUGAUAAUGUUAAAUAUGGUUUGUUUCCUAAUUUUAGACUAUCUUACUAUCCAGUUACAGUGGAUUUCAUCAAAACUAGAAUAACAUGAAAAUCCAAUUUAGAAUUAGUUUGUUCUAUUUUAACAUGCACCUUGUUGUUGCAUUAGUGCCAUGUGAGUAAAUCUGGAGAAGAAAUUAAUGAAGAAAAUCAAAUAAACAGGAAUGAUAUGCAUUUUGUGGUUCGCUAUGAUGAAAAAAGUACAAUUUUAACACAUUCAGAGUGCAGAAAAGCAAUUAAACUACAUGUUAUAUGCUUCAAACCAGAGUUGCAAGUCAAUUUUCAUGAGUUUUCAUUUCAUUUUCCUUUCUUUGCAUGUUAAUGUAUGCAUGCACACAAUAUCCCACAAAAAGUUCUUGAGUGUCAACCUUUUCCUGAAAAGCUAAAGGCUGAAUUAGUUAUUAUAAAGUUCUUAUCAGUUAUGGAAAAGGUCAGGCUGUUUUUGUUGUUGUUGUUGUUGUUAUUGUUCUGCUGUCUCAGAACCCAACAUUAAUGAGAGUGUUUAUAAUUUGCUAAAUUAGGUGGGAAAAAAAAAUUAAAAAUAUCAUAAAACGUACUGUGCUGUUAUAUUUUGUGAAAAGAUCAGGCUUCUUCACUAAACUGGAAGGUACAUGGUGUGAAAUUCUCUGUUAGGUCAGCUUAUGGGAUAGAUACCACAACUGAGAGAAAACAAAAUCCUGAUGAGGAAAGUUUUUUAUUCAUCAUUUCCAUGUUCUUUUCCAAGCUUAUCAGA